GUCCCACAAGCAUAUAAAUAAAAAUCAAAGCAUCUUCACGGUACAAAAAUAAUAAAAAAAAAAGUAUUUUCUAUUAAAACAAACAAUUUGUGUAUUAUUUUCCAAUGAGAAAAACCAAAUCGCCUUCAAUUCUUCAAGAGUGAAUUGCUUUAUACAGAAAAAAUGAUAAAUCCCGUAGCCUCCGAAGCAAUAUUCUCUGCAACGUAUGUUGAUAACUACAUUGAUUCUGUAGAGAAUCUUCCUGACGACGUUCAAAGACACUUAUCACGAAUUCGUGAUAUCGAUGUGCAAUAUCGAAGCCACCUCCGAGAUGUUGAUUAUUACUACGAGCAAUGGAAAAGUUUUUCAGCGUCAUCGGAAAAUUCAACCAAUCGUAGGGCAAGAGCUAUGGCACGGAUGCAACAAAGUCUCAUUUCCGCCCAAGAAUUGGGCGAUGAAAAAAUGCAAAUUGUAAAUCAACUUCAAGAGUUAAUUGACCAAAAAACUCGACAACUCGACUCUGAUCAAAAGAACCUCGACUACGGCAAGGAAGAACAACUUUUGCACGAUCUUCCACAAAAGAUAACACGCACAGUAAGUCCCGUUCCCCUUCAAGCCACUAUUCCUUCUGCAAACAAAAACGAAGGCCAGUUUACUGCUGCUAUAAUAAGCAGUUCGAUCGCUGCUGGUGGCCAAGGGUCUGGAAGCAAUACUCCCACAUCUUCCUUGCAAGCACCCGAACGCCCUAUCACCAAUCACGGUGUUGGUGUAAGCAAUCUAAACAAUUCCAAUGAUUCUCGUUCAAAUAAACGAUCACGAAGACCACGAAAUGAAAAUAAUAAUAGCAGCAGUGCCAUGGAAUUGGGUGGCAAUGAAUCGAAUUCUGCCAAUGAAGGUGGUGGUAUAAGUGGACAUAAACCCAGUGGCACAGGGCAGUCAUCUUCUUCGUCGGCUUCAGCUUCACAGAAGAAGUCGACUGGUCAGAAUAUUGGUGGGAGUGGUGGUGGAGGGGGAGCACAAGGAGGCGGGAAUAACUCAAGUAAUAGCAAAAAGAAGAAGCGCAAAGCUCGCGGGCAGAGUAGUUCUCAGUCGAAUGCACGAGAUAAUCGUGAGGAAACACCACCACCCGAUCCAAUUGAUCCAGAUGAACCAACUUAUUGUCUUUGUGAUCAGAUUUCUUUUGGAGAAAUGAUACUCUGCGACAAUGACUUGUGCCCAAUUGAGUGGUUCCAUUUUUCAUGUGUAUCUUUGGUAUCGAAACCAAAGGGCAAAUGGUAUUGCCCGAAUUGCCGAGGAGAUCGUCCCAAUAUUAUGAAGCCGAAGGCUCAAUUUCUUAAAGAACUUGAACGAUAUAACAAAGAAAAAGAAGAAAAAACUUAAUGUUUUUUUUAAACGUAAAAUUUAAGUUAUCAAACUUAGUAAUAAUGGAGUUGUUUUUUUCUUUUUUUUUUGUCGUCGAAAUAUUGGCCUUUUCAAUUUUUGCCUUUUUUAUUUUUUCGUUUUAACUUCAU